UUGUCGUCACUUACUAACUACAUACUUAUGGAGAUAGCUUGCUAUUUUUCCUUUUUUACACUUACAUUCAUUAAGUAACGUAAAUAUGAAUUUGUCAUUUCUGUUCAUGUUUCUAAUACAAAGUUUUAUUCAAGAAGAUUGCCGUUGUGAUAGAAUCUCUCGUGACAGACGGUCCGAAAAUGUAGUCAAUACAAAUCAAGAUAGUCAUGAAAAUAAUUUUUCUGCAAAUUCUGAGGAUAUACAGGUAAGUGAGGAAGAGGAGGAAGACAUACGAAGAGGAUUAAAGGACAUGGUACGUAUUCCAGCAGGAAUUUACCAGGUCGGCACGGACAACGUAAUUAUGGCAAGUGACAAGGAAGGUCCAAAAAGAUUGAUAGCAGUGAGCAGUUUUUAUUUGGAUAAACACGAGGUAUCAAACGAAGAAUUUAGCCGUUUUGUAGCAGCAACGAAUUACAGGACUACUGCAGAAGUUGUUGGAGAAAGUGAUGUUUUUCACAUAUUUCUCAACACAACGUUUAAGGAGAAAUUGAAAAAAAACCGCCUGUUAACGCAUCCUUGGUGGUAUAAAGUAAAGGGCACAAAUUGGAGGCAUCCAUACGGACCGGAUUCAACUAUAUCAGAUACCAUGGAUCAUCCAGUAGUACACGUGUCCUGGAGAGAUGCUCGGGCGUUUUGUGCGUGGCGUGGUGCUCGACUCCCCACCGAAGGUGAAUGGGAAGGAGCUUGCCGUGCUGGUCAUUAUGACAUCACUUACCCCUGGGGAAAUGAACUCUUCCCUGGUAAUAGGUCCAUGGCUAACAACUGGCAGGGAUCUUUUCCGACUUACAAUUCAGAAAAGGAUGGAUAUAUUGGUACAAAUCCAGUGUGGAAUUUUCCACCGAAUGAGUUUGGUUUGUACAAUAUGAUAGGUAAUGCCUGGGAGUGGACUGAGGACAGUUGGUCUGAAAGUAAGCAAGGAGAAAAAGUGUUUAAAGGCGGUUCCUUCCUGUGUCAUCAUUCUUACUGCUUCCGAUACAGGUGUUCAGCCCGUACGAGACACACACUAGAUACGUCAGGAGUGAAUAAAGGAUUUCGUUGUGCCAAAUCUCUGAACUAAUAGGCUGAAGACAAAUUGGGCCGAGGUGUGUGUGGCCGCGCGCACAACACAACGCGCUCGUUUAUUUGUCGCUCCAAAGAUCUUUAAAUUAAAAAAAAAUAUUUCUUUUUUAUGAUACCAAAUGACGAGGCGAAUAAGUCGUAUUUUAAGCUGGUGGAAAGCGACACGCCUAUCCAUGACAGUUACAGUGCCAUUCAGCUUUAAAUCGCAAAGAUCUGAGGGGCACUCCGACUACGCCC